GGUGUCGCAGAGCAUGGAAUAAUUGAGUCCAUUGAGAUGCACCAUUUCAUGUGCCACAAACGACUUACUUUCACGUUUGGACCUCAGAUUAAUUUCAUUAUCGGUGAGUGUCACUUCGAGUAUGGAAAGAGCGCCGUCCUGUCUGCGAUCACCAUUGCACUUGGAGGAAAAGCAAACUCGACAGGACGCGGCAGCGGCCUGAAAUCUUUCAUUCGUGAAGGCCAACAGUAA